CCCCCCUUAAAACACAAAAACGCUUGAUCUAUUUCUGUCACUCAUAACUGUAUCUACACAUAUGUAUGGAAUUCUGUAAGUUCUUGACAGUCUUGUAAUCCAUGAUUAAUUAAAAUUAAUAAUAAAAAUCUUACUUUGCCUUACAAAUACAAACGUAUUGCAUUGAAAAUGGGUGUUCGUGGAUUGAUGUCUGUGUGUAAAAGUCAAAGGGAAAAUCAUGCUCAUUAGAGAUUAUUUUAUUCGAUAAACAUGUAUAUCUGCAACAUUAAGAAAAAAAAAGGUCGCAUCAACAGUUUCUUUAAUAUCAGCCGUGGAUUAAUUCGGAAAAAAACCCCAAAUGACGUUCUAAUUGCUAUAAUUUUUGCGUCAUAAUGUAUCUGACGUAACAAAAUCAAUAACGUCACAAGAGUUGUUACAAACAAAACACAACAUAUUUUGAGAGAAAGGCAGUCGCUGGAUAUUUGCAGAAGGUAUUUCUAAAUUCCUUAGUUUUAUAUGUAAGAAUACUCCAUCUUUUGUUUUGGACACGAUUGAAUGACAGCGUCAACUGUAAUAAGUGACAAUACAUGUAAAUAUAUAUUUUUCUUAUUUAGAUUAUCGAUAUGGAUCAAAUAGAGCAAAGUUUGGUUGAGAACAAAAGACGUAGAAUUGUAGAACAUGUUCAAGUGGAGUUACUGAAGAGAUUACUUCCACGAAGAAGCCCUCAGAUGGCUAAAAAAGUUAUGCAAAGAAUUCAAGAUCACCACGAGAAGAUGAUGGAGAAUCACAGAGAGCUAUUGAUGGUGAUCAACGAGAAAAAAGGUCAAGAAUUGAAAAAUGUAGAUGUUUUCAACAAGUUAGCGGAAGCGAACGAAAACCGAUUGGAAACCAUUCGAGAAAGCAUGCACAAAGAGAAAAAGGAUAGACUUCUUGAUAAUAUUCUAGUUCACUUAGUGAGAAGUAUAAGAACAAGACGGAAUCCCCAGAUGGCGAGAAAAAUCAUGAUAAUGCUCCAAGAAAACCACACAAAUUUACUGAAACUUCAAGAAGACCUGUUGAUAAAAGUAAAAGAGAGAGAUGACAUGCAUCGCGCCAAGAGAGCGUUUCAGGAAGAAAUGAUGACUAAGAUGAAUGAAAGAAAACUGCUAAAUCAGAUCAAACGACUGGGUUACACAGACCUGAUGAUGUGCCAGGUAGAGAAACCUGAAGAAGAGGGAGACUUUCUGCCUCGGAAAUUAUUCGUGUUUGGAGUGGACACGUUCAGGUGCAAUGCAAAGCUGGAAAAUGAGCUAAAAGUUGAGAAAAGAAAGGAAGUAACCAUGGUAACUGUCGCAAAUAAAAUGGACGAUGGAUGUCAAGUUUCAUCCCCACCGGUCACGUGUUCUGUAGACAACACACGUGAGAGCCUCUCGGCAUCCAAAGAUCAGACCAAAAGAAGCAAGAAGUCAAACUUCGUACGCCGCAUCAAGAAGUUUUUUGGAAUCUGAUAGUCUGCUCCAUUCAGCACCUCUACUCUAACCUACAUGUACCUGUUUGAAAGAAAAAUAAUAAUUGUGUUAUAUCCUGUCAGUGAAUUGCUUAAAAAUUAACAAUUAAUUUAAAAAUAAAUUAAUUCAAUU